AUGGCGAGUCAUCCCCGAUCCGUCACAAACUUCGAGGAGUGGCAACGUGAUUAUGCGUUAGAACGAUUGGGAGGCGCGUUAGUCGAUAAGGUCCUCAUCGACGAGAUCGGUUGGAGUUGGGAACUUUUGCUUAGGAAAGCAAAGCAGGAGUUCAAUGCUGAUUUCAUCUACGAAAAGCUUUCGAAAAAAGAGGAUAAUGUGGUCGUCUUCGGAAAGAAAGCUAAUAAUGUCCUUGUCAUUGGUUACAAUCCAAGAUCAAACAUGGACAUGCACGUUGGUGUGUUGAGCAACGCAAACGCAAGGAAGAUUGAUCAAUGGAUGAAGGGGGACGACCUGUGUGCAAACAAAAGUGACGGGGUGGAAAGGGCUGUAAACGCCACCUACAAUAUCCUGACUAGCAAUGUGUCUGACACAAUGGAUAACAAGCCUUGA